GUCAAACCCUACGGGAUAUGACGCGUGACUUAGCCUCCUUUCCAUAGGCCUUGUUUUCUGGUCCAAAGAGUUCAAACUCACAAAGCGGGACAACCAGCUAGCUAGUUUAACAUUAGACUCUGUUAAAACUUCAUUAACAUGGAGUUUGAAGACAGUGUCUUAAUCCAACGUACCAACGAUGUAAAGAUAUCCACAGCAGAACCCAACCAGCGGAUGACUCUCCACUGUCAGCAGUGCAACACCGUGUUGGGAGACUCCUUCAGCGUCUGUGGGGAGGUGAAGUGUUUGGACUCUAUCGUGUGUUUAAAAGUAACCAGUGAUGUGGUCGUCGGUGAUGCAAUGGAGUCAGGACAUAAAGGGGAAAUGGCUAAUUGCAUCUACAGUUCUCUAAAAUGUCGCGGCUGCCGCUGUGCUGUAGGGAAAGUUAUUCACUCUGCCCCGUCGCGUCUGGCCGUGGUCCGCUCCCUGUUUCUCCUCCACAAAGCAAACAUCAGUUGUUACAUCCUCAACUGCUGCUCAAUGGUGAAGGCGUCCUCACUUACAUUUGAUCUGAAGCCCCUCAGAGAAAGCAUGAAUAUGGUGAGGCAGCAGUUUGAAGAGCAGUUGGAUCAGAUGUCACGUAUUAAGAGCAGACUGGCAGAUGGAAGUGUUAACAGUGAAUUGGUCAAGUAGUGUGCACAGACAAUCUAGACUGUACCUAGCCCUCGGGUUAAGGAUCAUGUGUUAUCUAAUCUGUUCUCCCAUCCCUCUUGUAGACUACUUUAUGUUGUAAAUUGUUGUUUUUUUUAUGUGUUUUGUGUUUCCAUUAAACUUAUUUGAUGAUGCAGGUA